GAUUAGAUAAACCACCAACCAACCAACCAAACAAACAAGAAACAAAACACAGAGCUCCAUUGUAUCCCCCUUUCUGUACUUAUUCCUCAUAUACUUACAGAUUAUUGGAUAUUCCAUCCCUCAAUCUUUCAUUGGAUAUAUACAUACAGAUAAGGAUAUUGUGGUGUAUACAACGGUCAAGAUACAUAGUAUCUGGAAAUAGCGAUUUUUUAAAUGGUUAUAAAAAUAUAUGAUGGUUAUAUUAUGCAGUCUUGAAAUUGAGGUGUUGUGUUAUAGGGAGUAAAAUUAAGAAUGCAAACUAGUUCUCUUUCUAAGUUAAACAUCCCUCUUGGUUUUGGACUAAGAAAAGGGAUUAAGUUGCAAGUUAAAAAUCACGUUCCGCAGAGGAGUGUGUCUCGUGCUAGUACUAUUAGCCGCGUAUCUUUGGAAAAAGAUUGUGAAUUUGGGAAUUUGAGAAAGGAUUUGCGAGUCACGGGUGUUGCUAAGUUGCGUUAUUGUAUGUUUGGAUAUACAAAGACGCCGUAUUUUUCAAGAAAUAUGGCUACUUCUGGUUCUGUGACUGCGUCUGGUGAUCUCGUUGUGGACAAUUUUAUAUCAAGUUGUGGAAAUGCGUCGAGUUUUGCUAGACCUAGCUGGCAUUUUGUGGAAAAAAGUAGAAGAUUUCAUGCUGCUAGUGUGGGUAUGAAAAAUAGAGAACCAAGUAAGACCCAUGGAGUUCAUGGGUAUUUUAUAUAUGGUAUUAGUCACAUGGUGAAUGAUGUGAGUGCACUCAGUGGGAAAUUGGGAAGAAGCUAUAACACUUCCUCUACAAUGUGUUAUUCUGAUGGUGGACUGAAAGAAACAUCACAUGAUGUAACGAUUACAAGUCUUGCUAUUGAACCCGAUGGGAAGGAGGUGCUUGGUAAAACUCUAAAGCUACGAUCGGGAUCCUCGUACCUGCCACAUCCUGAUAAAGAAGCAACUGGUGGAGAGGAUGCUCACUUCAUACUUGUUAAUGAACAAGCAAUUGGUGUAGCGGAUGGAGUUGGUGGAUGGGCUGAUGUAGGCAUUAAUGCUGGACUGUAUUCCCGUUCACUAAUGUCUAAUUCUGUGCAAGCUAUACAAAGUGAACCUAAGGAAGCCAUUGACCCAGCUCGUGUUUUGACUAAAGCCCAUGCAGCUACAAAAGCCAAAGGCUCUUCUACUGCAUGCAUCAUAGCCCUAAAUGGCGAGGGUCUUCAUGCCAUCAAUCUGGGCGAUAGUGGGUUCGUUGUGAUAAGAGAUGGGUGUACCAUCUUUCAGUCCCCUGUACAACAACACGAUUUCAACUUUACAUAUCAGCUAGCAAAUGGAAGUGAAGGGGACCAGCCAAGUUCAGGUCAAGUAUUCAAAAUUGAUGUGGCAGCAGGUGAUGUUAUUAUUGCUGGGACUGAUGGAUUGUUCGACAAUUUAUACAUUAACGAAGUAACGGCAUUGGUGGUUCAAGGAGUUAGGUCAAGGGUGAGCCCCGAGAUUAUGGCUAAAAGUAUAGCGGACUUGGCACGGGUGAAAGCUUUAGAUAGGAAACGGCAGUCCCCUUUUGCUACUGCUGCCCAGGAAGCCGGUUUCCGUUAUCAUGGUGGUAAACUUGAUGAUAUAACAGUUGUCGUUUCAUUUGUCACUGGCCCAACUGAUGAGUAAGCUUUUUGUUUUCGGUUCUUUUUUCUUAUUUUGAAAGUUUAUGUCAUAGGAAGCCAAGUUCAGAGAACUUAUGGUUCCAAUUUUCCAAAGAGUCAUUCUAUUAUGAUACUGUACUGGUUAUCUAUUGUUUCUUAUUCCUAUUGCAA